GUGGGCUGGCUCCUAGAACUGCCCCCUCAUCUCUCAGCCAUGCAUUCCCCCAUCUGUCCAGAGUGGGAGCUGCGGGCCUGGCUGUUGAAAGGCGGAUUUCGUAAUCGGGCUGCUACCGUUUCCGCCAUCAGCCAGCCCCACCUCUCUCCAGGCCCGCCCUCAGUUCCCCCACACCGCCUAGAAGAGAAAACCUUCAAGUCCUUGACGGAAGACCCAGAACUGGAUCCCAGAAGCCCCUCAACAUUACCAUCAAACGUUUCAAUCCCCGGGAAAGGCAGGUCUCCAAGUUUUGAGGAAGAUACAACUUUCUGCCCCAUCUGUUCUACUCUCCUUUCUUCCUUCCUAGUCUCCCAUGGUCUGAGGCACUGACUAGUUGAAGAUUCUUGGGACUCUAUCUCCCUAAAUCCAUCUGACUCAUUCCAAUUGUCUGGCAAUACUCAGAGGAGAAUAAGGGGGAAGAGAGGGUCUCCAAAGAAGGGGGACCAAGGGACCAGAAAGGGAGCCCUCUGGGGCCUCGGGCAGGGGGACAAAACUGGAACCAUCAGGGAACAUGAGUGAGUUUUGGCACAAACUGGGCUGCUGUGUGGUGGAGAAACCCCAACCGAAGAAGAAGAGAAGGCGGAUUGACAGGACCAUGAUUGGAGAACCAAUGAAUUUUGUUCAUCUAACACACAUUGGCUCUGGAGAGAUGGGGGCUGGAGAUGGACUAUCCAUGACAGGGGCUGUACAAGAGCAAAUGAGAUCCAAGGGAAACCGGGACAGGCCGUGGAGCAGCUCCAGGGGCUUAUAGCUCUAAGGGAGAUGGUUUUGCCAUCUUGGAGUCCCCAGUCCUGUGCUCAGCUAAGAAGAAAUGCUGUCCCUUCCUGAACCAAUGACCCCAGGACCUUCCCCUCUGUCUUCCCUACCUAUCAGUGUCUAGAAGGGCUUGGGAGACUGGACUCCCCACUGUACCACCCUGGUCAAGCCCCUCCUGGAGAUGGGGUCAAGGCAGCAGGACUGACCAAAUGACCACUGGCUAGCCAGCUCUAGCCUUGGAUACCCAACUGACCUGAGAUAGGAGCCCUUAUACCCACCCCUGGGAGGAGCCAUGGGUGAAGUCUAGGUUCCUUAAUGAUGGUCUGGGCCCUGGGCUGCUCUUUAACUUGGACCCCUAACUUAGUCAUCCUCUUUUUGGGGUAGAUGGGUCGCAUUGCCAAAGCUAAGAUCAGCUUUGAUGAUUGCUACCUACAUCCACAUACUCUCCAGCUCCCUUCCUGGACUGAAAGCAAAUUUCAGGCAAGGGGCUGGGGAGGACAACCACCAACUUCUCUUACUUUCCCUCUUUGGACUCUAGCUCCUCAGCUCACAGCAUUUCAGCCUCUAUCUCUGAAUACCUAGGGCCUUUAAGACCUUUAACCUUGGUUUUUGUAGCAUUAGUAUCUCCUCACCAAUUAUCCCCUCCCUCUCCCACCUUUUUUUUUUAAUUAAAAAGUUAAUUUAAGACCAGUUCUCUUAAUUGCUCCCCAUCCAUGCCAGGAACCAUUACCAUCCCCACCACAUCUAUUUUGGGGUUGGGAAUUGGGAGAAACUGCCUGUGUGCUAGAUAUUUGUCCUUCUGUCAAAACCUCAGGAUCAGGUUUGACCUCCAUUGACUUCCCCUGCUGGCACAGGUGAGGGAGAGAAUAGAAAAAGGAGGUGGACCUGGGACUACAGAAGGAUGUUAUACCUCAGGGAGGACCUCCUGACCAUCCUGGGAGAGAGAGAAAGGGCUACCUCUGAAUUUGUAGGGGGAAACCUCAGGAUGAACAUGGUUGAUUGGGGGCAGGGUUCUGCUCAGAGUAUAAAUCCUAGUAGAUACGAGGUUUGAGGACGUGUUCGUCUUUUCAAGUGAUUUUCUUCCUCAAGUUCUGGCCCAUCUUAGAGUCUCUGCAGCUGGGCUGUGGUAGGACCCUUGUAGCCAGGGUUAGUGAGAUUCUACACCUUUCCAAGCCAUGCAACUUUAUUUUGCUAUAUCUGUAUGUGUGUAUAAUGUUUCUGUGAUAGGUGUAUGUUUGUGUGAUGUAGCCAUUCUUGCUAAUUGGAAGAGAGGUCCCAUUGUGCUAAGACCUUAGUGGAGUACCCUAGAAUGGGAAAGGCCAGUGCAGUGGUGAAAAUUCCACAUACUGUUCUCCUUCUUGUGCAAUACCAGACCAGAUAAGAGUUAGGAUGAAUUCUGAGAAGUUCCCCACCUGAUCAGAGGGGCCAGAGUUGUGUGAAAGAGCAAAGUAGUGGGUGUCUUGAUGCCUCCAAUCUUUCUCUGCUGUUCUCUGUUUUAUUCCCUUUCUGAAGGGGUAGGGAACAAAAUUGAGGAAGGCAUAAGGCAAACCCAACACCUGAACUUCUACUCAACCAAGGAAAGUAGGCUGAGAGUUUUCUGCAGUCAUUCCCAUGGCAGGAAGGAGGCAGAAAGUGAGGAACUCUUAGGAGCAUGUGACCUGAGACUCAGAUUCUUCUAUCUUUAUAAGUGUUUUACCUCCAUCUACACUGACUAGGGACCCCUGUUUUUUCAAACUCUGCUCUUCCUACUUUUCUAAUAUCUCUUUAGAUCAAUGGUUGAUAUGGCACAAUAAUUCUCUGGCUCACACUUGUUUUGUCUUUCUGGUUGUUUUGAGGGGUAGCCUAGACUCUAGUGAAAACUAGGAAUCUCUGCCUGGGAAUUGACUUGGUUCUGGAAGGGUGAGGUACUGACUGGUCAGCUGGAUCUGUGAACACUGUUGGUUUUCAUCUCUAGUCUUGGGCCACACUCCUUUUUUUUUUCUUCCCUUUUGAGAGCUCUUACAUUGGCCUUCCCUUUUAUGGAACUCACUUGAUGUCACUUAUGCCUUCCCAAAAGUGAUUGGGGUGGGUUUGAGAGUCUUAAUUUAUCAAAAAAAAAAAAAAAAACCACACG